CAAAGCAAAACAAACUUUUAAAGCAGUACUUCCUAAUAAAACUUACGACGAAAAUAUAUAACAUAGCAGAUAGUUCUCAUUUCAACAAUUUCUGUAUAAAAAAAAAGUUUAAACAUUCAAUAUGAUAGAAAAGAAAACCGAGAAAGUGAAACAUGAAACAAAACCGCGUGAUGAUGGAGUUGAUUUGGAAAAUCAGUUUAUACUUCGAUUACCUGAGGAGCCGGCCAAAGCAUUACAUGAGGCUCUUCUAACUGGUAGUAUUAAGGACAGGAUGACAAUUAAAAUGGAUAACGAACUACGGUAUGGCGAACUGCGUUUUGAUCAUUGGCUAUUACAUGCUAAGGUGGUCGAUUUACCAACAAUCAUAGAAUGUCUUAAAACUAUAGACAGCAAAAAUUUCUACAAAUCCGCCGAUAUCUGUCAACUGAUGAUCUGCAAAGAAGAACCUGAUGCAUUGGAUUCGGAGAAAGAGUCUCCAAACAAAGGCAAAAAGAAGGAUCCUAAUAAGGUCGACAAGAAAUAUUUGUGGCCACAUGGAAUUACACCUCCAUGUAAAAAUGUACGUAAAAGGCGAUUCCGUAAAACUUUAAAAAAGAAAAAUGUUGAAGCUCCUGAAAUUGAGAAGGAAGUCAAACGUCUCUUGCGUAUAGAUAACGAUGCUGUCAAAGUAGAUUUCGAAAUCAUAAAUGAAGAUUUGGACAAACGUUCUUUAGAGCAGCAGUCUAAGGAUUACAACGAAGGAGAAGAAGAAUACAACUAUGAGGUCAUUAAUGAAGGUGAUAAAAAUAAUGACUCUUCCUCUCAGAAAGACAUAAAUGUUGAAUCCGAUGGCGAUGAUGAAGAAUUGCCAUCUGGUUCCGGACCGAUUGGUGGUGUUGGUGAGCAUGAUAUAUUUGGUGAAGAAGUCUCUUCCUCAGAUGAUGAUGAGGACAUGCGACGGGACACAUCUCGUAUUCAAGAUAUCGAGGAAAUGUCAAGAUUAUCUGCAGACGAUUCUCGCUUGUCAGAUUUCUCAAUUGGUGGUAAUGUUGGUGGGGACGCUGCUGCCAAAUCAAGCGGUAUGGGUGGUGCUGGUAACGACAAUGCCAAUGGUAUAAAUAUUUCAAAGGAUAGCGCAACUGAAUUUGAAAAAUCAAUGUUUGGCAGUCCAAAAACUGACGCGGAUGACAUGGUGUCCAAAUUCAGUGGUUCAAAUUCAAAUUUGGCAGCUCCAAGCGGUUAUUAUGAAGAACAAAAACGUAAUGAAUACGAUGACGACUUUUCAAGCGAGGCUAAUACUGUAUCGACUCAUCUAAACUCCGAGCAGAUACAGAUGAGGAUAGCUGAACUACGUAGACAGUACGAAGAACUCAAAGCUCAACAUACACAAAAGGCACAAGAAAUAUCAUCUAUUCAAAAUCCAACACUAAAACAACGUAUGCAGGAAACCCUAGAUAACUUGCAAAACCAAAUGGAUGACAAGGAAUCGGAGAUUAAAAACUAUGAAAAUAUGAUGUAAACAAAAAUGAAUGCAAAACCAUUAAAAUUGUAUUAAUAAAAUUGCUUGUUUUUCUAAAAAGUUUA